UAAAACUGACCAAAAUGGCCGCUGUAAAUAUUGGUGCAAGAAAAAUUAGACUGAGUAUAGAAUAAUAACAUUAACACAGUAUGAAUGGAACUUUGACAAACAUGCAUGAACAUUUGCAGGGACCUGGAAAUGUACCAUAUGGUCAAGGACCUCCACCUCAAUAUAAUGGUGGACUAGGAAACCCCGGACCUGGCAUUGCACCACCUCCUUUCGGUCAUGGUGGUCCGGGAACGGCUCCACCUCCUUUUGGUUAUGAUGGUCAACAGAAUGGUCCAGGGGCAGCUCCAUAUCCUCAAGGCUAUGGAUCAGAAUUUGGACCACCGCCAUCUGGGUAUGGUGGAUAUCCUCAACCACAACAACAAUAUGGAGGUCACCAACAGUCACAACAGAAUACAGUAAUUAUAACAGGACAACCAUCCACAAUUAUUCAUCAACAAAAACGAGAAAGAUUUGCUGAUAAUAUUUGCCUCAACCUGAUUUUAGUAUUCUUCUUCCCAUUUUGGAUAUUCGUCUGGAUAUGUAUGUGCAUGUUUGAGACAUAAACAUGUAAGAUAUGUAAGAUUCGGAAUAGCGGGAUUGUUUCAUUUGACCAACUGAAAAAUGAAGCAACAUU